AACCCCUCGAUAAUGUAUGUCAUUUGAUUCAUUCUGAAAGACUGUACUUGUAAUAGAUAAUUGGGCCUUAUGCAAGCUGACGAAUUGCUUGUUGAAGGUAAAGAAAAAAAUACGGGCGUAUUAAUUUCUCAGUAAAGAGGCCUUUAACUAAAUUGCCCUCGUGGAUCGCGCGCCUGUGUUAAAAUUUAUGUGGUCGAGUGACGAAGGAGUCACAAAGCAACUUUUCUUCGAAACUGCACCACCAGAGAGGAUCUGAAUAUGACCGGAAGGGCACGAGCUAGAUCAAGGGGCAGAGCACGCGGUCAAGAGACUGCGGCACCUGGAGCGAGCAAGGCCCGAGAGAUUCCCCCACCUGCAGAGGGGGAGCUGGUUGGUAGAGGGAGGCAGAAAGGGGCUCCAGGAGCUUUUUCUGCCGAAGCUGUUCUUCAGAUUUCAGCCGGCUUUCAGCAGGUGAAGCUGGGAGAAAGAGGUGGACGCCGCAGAGAUUUUAAUGAUGCAGGGGUUAACACCAGGCAGGCUAUGGAGCAUGUUAAGGACUCAAAGUGUGGAACAUCCGGGAAUCCCAUUCAGCUGACGGCAAACUUCUUUCGAAUAGUGUCCCGCCCUCAGUGGGUGCUGUUUCAGUACCAUGUGGACUACAACCCACCAAUGGAGUCUCGUCGUCUGAGAUGUGCCCUCCUCUUUCAGCAUGACGAAACACUUGGCACAGCACGGAGCUUUGAUGGCGCUCUGCUCUUUUUGCCUCACAGAAUGCACAACAAGGAGACAGUGCUCCACAGCGAGACAAGGAACGGAGAGAAGGUUAAGAUAACUGUCACCCUGACGAAUGAACUGCCACCUACUUCACCAGUGUGCAUUCAGUUCUACAACAUCGUUUUCAGAAGGAUCCUGAGAAUGCUCAACAUGCAGCAGAUUGGGCGCAACUACUACAACCCCGAUGAUCCACUCAACAUUCCGCAGCACAGGCUGACCAUCUGGCCGGGCUACACCAACACCAUUCUGCACUACGAGAGAUCCAUCAUGCUGUGCACUGACGUGAGCCACAAGGUGCUGCGUAGUGAGACUGUCCUUGAGUUCAUGGCCGGCCUGAGGCAGAGGUGUGGAGAGCAGCGCUUCCCUGAGGCCUGCUCCAAGGAGCUGAUUGGACUCAUAGUCCUCACAAAGUACAACAACAAGACCUACAGGGUUGAUGAGAUUGCAUGGGAUCACACCCCCAACAACACAUUCACGAGGAGAGACAAAGAAAUCUCCUUCAAGAACUACUAUAAGGAUCAAUAUGGCCUGGACGUCACUGAUGGGAACCAGGUGCUGCUAGUCAGCCAUGUGAAGAGGAUGGGUCCUGCUGGAGGUCCUCCUCCAGGCCCGGCUAUGCUCGUCCCAGAGUUGUGCUACCUUACAGGCUUGACUGACAAGAUGCGAUCAGACUUCAACAUCAUGAAGGACUUGAGCACCCACACCAGAUUGUCCCCAGAGCAGAGGGAGGGACGCCUCAACAGAUUUGUCUCUCAAAUACAGAAGAAUGCUGACGCACAGGCGGAGUUGGAUAAGUGGGGACUCAACUUUGAUAAGGAACUCCUAAGACUGACUGGCAGAGUCCUCCCAGCGGAGAGGAUUUUCCAGGGUUCAAAAUCGUACGAGUACAGCCCCUGGGCAGCUGAUUGGUCCAAAGAGAUGCGUGGGGCGCCUCUGAUCUAUGCUCCUCCACUGGAGAACUGGCUAUUGUUUCACACCCGUCGCAACAGCAACGAAGCCCAGUCCCUCCUGCAGACCCUCAACCGAGUCUCGGGUCCACUUGGUAUCCGUAUUCAGAGAGCUGUCAUGAUCGAGUAUGAUGAUCAUCAGGAGUCUCUCCUCAGAGCCCUGCAGCAAAAUGUUGGACCUCAAGUAACCAUGGUGGUGGUGGUCCUCUCCAGCAACAGGAAGGACAAGUACGACAGUGUCAAGAAGUACCUUUGUGUGGACUGCCCCACUCCCAGCCAGUGUGUGGUUUCCCGUACCCUCAGCCGGCCUCAGGCACUCAUGACUGUGGCUACCAAGAUUGCUCUGCAGAUGGCCUGCAAGAUGGGAGGAGAGCUGUGGAGUGUGGAAAUCCCCCUCAAACAGCUGAUGAUUGUGGGCAUUGACUGCUACCACGACACCAUUGCUGGGAAAAGAUCCAUCGGAGCUCUAGUUGCCAGCCUCAACCCGACCAUGAGCAGGUGGUUCUCAAAGUGUGUGCUGCAGCACAAAGGCCAGGAAAUCAUGGAUGGACUGAAGAUGGCCUUAAGUGCUGCACUGAAAGACUACCUGAAGUUCAACAACUGCCUGCCUUCACGCAUCAUUGUGUACCGUGAUGGAGUGGGAGACGGUCAGCUGCAGAGCGUGGUCAACUAUGAGGUCGCACAGAUCAUGGACUCCAUCAAGUCCAUGGGCCACGACUACAUGCCCAAGCUCAGUGUGGUGGUGGUGAAGAAGCGCAUCAGCAGCAGGUUUUUCGCCCAAAUCAGUGGAAAGGUGUCCAACCCUCCUCCAGGCACCAUCAUUGACUCGGAGGUCACCCGUCCCGAGUGGUAUGACUUCUACAUCGUGAGCCAGGCUGUCCGCACUGGAUGCGUCUCUCCGACCCAUUACAAUGUUGUGUACGACACCAGCGGACUGAAGCCCGAUCACAUGCAGCGGCUUACCUACAAGCUGUGCCACAUGUACUACAACUGGCAGGGCAUCAUCAGAGUGCCCGCUCCCUGCCAGUACGCCCACAAGCUGGCUUUUCUUGUGGGUCAGAGCAUCCACAGGGAGCCCAACAUGAAACUGGACGACUACCUGUUUUACCUCUGAGGAUAAAAAGACGAGCAACUUGUUUGGCUCUUGACUCCUAAGUUACAUUGUGACGAACCAUAUGUAAAACUUCUGUUGCAAAAGUUCUUUUAAGUUUACAUUUUGCCAAAGAGUUUGUUUGCAUUUCUAGUGUCAGCCCUGUGUAUUGAGUUAUGCAGUUAAAGAGAUUCAUCUUGCAAAUUGAAGUCAAUUUGGAGAUCAAGAGAUAGCACAUAUGCUAAAAUGAUCAAUAGUGCACCCCGUCUACAGUACGAAAUAAACCUGGUGUUUUCAAAGUAAAGUAGAUAAUGUUCAGAGUAAAGUGUCAUAAGUAACAUUAAUCUUUGAGUUAAUCCAAGUUGAACCUGAGAUAUACUUAAUAUUUUAAUUUUAUAUUAACCAAUAUAAGUUAAUGUUGGCUUUUCUUUUGAGAAAGGAAAAUAUCUAAGCAAAGUUUGUUUCAUUGGGGAAUCUAAAUUCUUUUUUAUAAUCUCUAUUAUAUAAGUGAAUCUCCUGGUGUUGGUAGAUUAUUUGUAUUAAUGGCUGUUUUCCAGUGUGGGGAGAAAAAAAUGCUGUACAAUGUUACAUUUUUGUUUAACGGUUCAUAUGGAUCAACAUCUAGGUACUGUUAUUGCUGUUACAUAUGGUUUGAAUAAAUAUUUGUGUGGUA